AUGUCAAUUGAUGAUGAUGGUUUUGGGUUAGAAAGUAUCAAUCGACUUAAAUAUUUAUUGCAAGCAGUCGACGGUGAGCUUUAUCAAUUGGUCGCUCUUCGAAUUAAUAAUGAAGCAUUUUUGCAUUUAUUUUUAAGUCGGAUCAACAAACAUUCCAAUUUCUUAUGGAAAUCUUUUCGUCAAUUUGAACAAACAUUUAAUCAUCCAACAAUAUAA